CCGGAUGUGUGACAGGAAGAACUGCGCAGACGUGCAGCAGAAACACACAAACACACCAGCGAAGAGCGCGGUUCAUUCACCAUCCAAACUCAAACAACCUGCCCCAUCAAUCUAGGCAGAGCGGAGCGGCGUCCAGUGCCUGAGCGGAUCUUGAUGGAUGACGGUCAGUGGCAGAGCGACGGCCCUGUAAGGAGAGGAGGAGCGACUGAGCCGGAGCUACAGAGCUGCUCUGAGUCCUUCCGCAGCCCUGAUGACAACCACAACCGGCUGCUGGAAGAGGCCGAUGAGGUGGAGCAGGGGCCCAGAGGUGGACACGGGCCCCUCCGGCCGGAGCUCACUAACAACAAUGGAGACGAUGAGGAGUACGACAGUUCCAAGGUGGAGGAUGAAGAGGAGGAAGAUGAAGAGGAGGUGGACAGUAACAGUGGUGCGUUCUCUCCAGAGCUGGAUGGACACAUCCGAGACUCUCCAACACCCAGUCCCAGCCCCACAGUGUCCGAGGGUCUGCUGAGUCCUGAAGAUCCUCCACACAGUGACAGCGCUUCACCGCAGGGCUUCAGUCUCUCUCUGACCGCAUCUCUACAGGAGCUCCAAGAGCAGGGAGAUCAUCCUCUACUGCCACAGUGUCUCCAUCAGAUAGCAGAGGCCUUUAUGCAUGCGGAGGACUAUGAGAGAGCGGUGCGCUUCAUUCAGCUGGAGAGACUCUAUCAUGAGCGUCUGCUCUUCAACCUCAGUGCUCUGCAGAUGCAGUGGGAGAAGAGGUUGGGUUUGGUUGGCCGGUGUCAGGAUGGUGGAGGAGAGCGAGACCGUAAUCCGGAUGCUGAACAUCUGGAGAAACUGAGACACAUCUGCAGAACACACAGACAACCUGCGUGGAGCAUCGAGCAGAGUGAAGCGUCCAAAGUGCAAAAGAACAGCGUGAUCAGAGCAGAGCAAAACCUGAACACGCACGUGCUUUCAUGCAGCUCAGGGAAUGUUAUGGAGGAUCCGAGCUCAUCUGAAGCACAGCAGGAGCUCAGUCAGCCUGAAGACUGUAGCAGUUCCGGCAUACAACGGCAGCAUGACCACACACCCUCCUCAACAGCCACUCCCACUACACCCACCCUGUCUUUGUUGGCCAUGCCCACUUCCUUUUCCCCCUCAGCAGUGACGGACAGCUCCUCCUCUCCAGACUGUGAGCAGAAAGUCAAUGUACCAGAUUCACAGAACUAUGCAGAAGCACAGGCGCCAAUGGAUGUCUCUCCAUCAGACCAGCGGCCCCAGACGGACAACAUCGGCCCUGCAGUUAUGAUGGAGGGGACGGGGAUCACUGUAGACACGGGGCAGGACGUCCCAUACACCGAGAUGGACGAUGGAGGUAAUGUUGAGGAGUCGGUGAAGGUGGAGGGAGGAGGAGAAGAUGGGGAAGCGCUGGAGCAGGAGGUUUUGGAGAUUACGGCGGAGAUGGAGAUGGAGGAGAAUGGAAACGGGCUAGAUUUUAUGAAUGUGGCCAUGCUGGAUGAUAUGGCCAAACGCAUACAGGUGGAAGAGAUCACUCCAGCUGCUGGUCUCGUGUCCAUUUUGAAGAGGAGAGUCUCUCUGGAGGGAGAAAACAGCUCAGCUCCUGCUGCUCCCAAACCUGUGUCCAAAAGAAAGGUCCGUUUCCGAGAGCCUGACGAGGGAUUGGACCACGAUGAGGUGGCCGGUGACUCGUGGCUGCUCCUCCUCCUGCUGUGUUUGGCUACAGUGGUGAUCAGUGUGGGCGGGACCGCGCUUUACUGCUCAUUCGGAGACACUCAGUCCAGCGUUUGCACAGACUUCUCUCACAACAUGGACUUCUAUGUGGGACGAGUGCAGCGUGGCAUGGAUGAACUCAAACACUGGCUGUCCCCGAGCUCAUAGCAGGACAACAGAGAAUAUAAAAUAUACAGGCCUUUGCUGGAAGAAGCCCGAAGGAUCCCUGUCUGUGUGGGGACGUCCGGUUUGUGGUAAACACAGGAAAAACCACUUUGGCCAGUUUUUUUGACUCGAGUAGCCCACUGUUUACUGCCAUCAACUGAACCUCAUUUGAAGAGACUUCAUUUUUAAAGUCUUAAAGCUCAGAUCUUAAUACGGAUUAUGGUCUUAUAUUUGUUUAAAUUACGGUACUGAAGGUAUAUUAAUAAUAAUAAUAAUGGACAUAGUCAUCUGUAGCCUGGACGUAGCAUUUUUCUGUGGAUGGAUUUAUGGGAUAAAGUUUAUAGGGACGGGGAAAGCAAUAUGUGUAUAUUGAAGAAUUAUUGAUGUGUAGAUGCAGUCAGAGAAGAGGGAAAUCUUGGUUAUCAUAGUUACUUUUUUUAAUAAUAUAGAUCAAUGGAAAUAAUAUUCCAGUCGAUUAUGCAAUAAUUUAGACAUUAUGGCGACUAAAAUCACAGAAAAUAAUAUAUUUUUAUUUGUUACUGCACAUGAGUGCGUAAUACAACAACCCAUCAGGCGGAUUUUACCUAUUUUUACUUUUUUUAAAGCUGUUACUGACCUGUCACUACUUUUAGUUAAAAAUAUAUACAGUUGAAGUCAGAAUUAUUAGCCUCCCUUUGAAUUUUUUUUUUCUUUUUUUAAUAAUUCCCAAAUUAUGUUUAACAAAGCAAG